CAACGAGAUACCAAUUGGACAUCGAUUUCUCCUGAUUAAGUGACAAUGGUAUUCCAAGCUAAUCCCAAUCCUCUCCCGCCAACCCACAUAAACUCCACACGCCGCAUCAGCCCCUCCGAUGCUCAUGCCUUCCUGUCCGCAUAUCUCGACCGCGCAGCGACCGACCCAUCCUACCAACCAGACAGUACUCUAUCUGCACACGGUCCUGUCUCUGCAAACACCGGCUCAGCACCCAACCUUGUGAUUCACAGCUUAAAACGCGUCUGCGCCGGACUCGGGGGUGAGGUUUUGGGGAGAGACAUUGUUUUGGAGCAACAGUUGCAGCAGGGCGAUCAGGGAGCGAAGAAUUUUACGGACGGGGAGGAAUGGGGAGGCAAACCAAAAGGAAAGAAAGCGCCUGCUGGUGAGAAGCGGGUUGACGGGUGGCAGGAUCUGGAGAGUUUCGAGAGGGAGCAGCUUGACUUGGUGGAUGGAGGUGAUGGAGAUGAAGAAGAAACUGUUGGGCCUACGGUCACUGAAGAAAAUGUGGGCGUCGAGGAUUAUGACAUAGCGGUGAAAGAGGCUACUAUCGAUAAGGAAGAGCGCAAACGAAAGAAGAAGGAAAGGAGAAAGGCGGAGCAAAGAGCCAGGGCUUCUGCUGCGAGCUAAGAAAAAAAAAAUUCUACGCUGAUCCAUGACAAGCACCACGACGCCGCAAAGCCAGCUGUUAUUGCUCCCGAUCCGCUGCCUUGACAGGCUUCUCCGAGUCUUCACUUUUGGCAGUAACCUUUCCUCCCUUCCAGCCAAGAGCACCAAGUCUCUCGGGUAGAAUAGGAUGCGAAUAAUGAUAGCUGGCAUACAUCCAGUCUGCAUCCAUAGUCGAGAGAUUUUGAAUUUGGAGCUUCAGAAGCGACCUGGCCAGUUCGGCUGAGUAGCCAAGCUUGACCGCAAACGCGUCUGCAAAAAAGAAAAUUAGCCUCGACAGCCGAAUUUGAACGGCAACUAGGAAGACGUACCAGCCUCGAACUCGAACUUUCGGCUGAGAAUAUUCAUCAAUAGCUUGACAAUUGCGUCCAUUGGUGCCAAUGCAUCCGAGAACAAGAGGAAACCGAUCAUGAUUGGGUAUUCAUCGUGGAAACCAAACGAGUUAUACAGAGAUUUGUUGCUGAUGAAGGCGGAAAACAAGGCGAAAAUAUAGAACAUGUGGAACUGAGACCUGUUAGCGAGAACAUUAGGGUGCAUUUGCAUUGUAUAUACAUACCUGGGCGAUUC